AUGGAUAAUAUUGUAUUACCUGGAGAAGUAGUGGGAAACCUAAAUAAUUAUAUAAGUGGAAAUAAUACAUAUAUAUUGAAAAAUGAAAUAAGAUCAACAAUAUUAGGUAAAAAGAAUAUUAGUAUUAAUAAUGAAAACAAACAAAUUAUUAAUAUUGACGUUAUAAAAGAUUAUGUACCCUUGCCCCAAGUAGGAGAUCUUGUUAUAUGCAAAGUUUAUAGAGUAACAUUUAAUAUGAUAUAUUGUAAUAUCAUGUUAACAAAUAAUAAGCCAUUAAAAAAUAGUCUUAAAGGGUAUAUAAAUAAAAGUGAUAUACAUAUAUAUGAAGGAGAUUUAGGAGAUAAUUUUGAUUGUUUUAAACAAGGAGACAUAAUUAAAGCAAAGGUUUUAUCAAUAGGUCAGCAUUCGUCAUAUAAGCUUUCUACUGUUGGAUCGGACUUAGGUGUCAUUAUAGCCUUAAGCGAAAAGGGUGAUAUCUUACAACCCGUGGCAUGGAAUUUGAUGGUCAAUUUAAGUGACAUGAGCUUCGAACAAAGAAAGGUCUCCAACGAGUUUUCCUUCUCUCAUAAUGCUUACAUGUCAUAA